UGGGAUUUCUGCUUUUGUAUAUGGUCGUGAUAUUUCUCCAUUCAUAGCUAGGCCGUGUUGACUAUCGCAACCCCUUUUGUUGGGUCUCUGUGUUGGGUAACUUUGGGUCAUCUUGGAGACAGUAGACUUUCUCCACCUGUCCGAUAUAUUACCCAAAGAGGUGCGAGAUUCCCACAUCUAGCAUUGUUACAUUGUACAGCUGUCCCGCCGACCCCACCAAGCCAAGCUGGCUCUGCUAAACAGACAUUCCUAUUGCUUCCGUAGCUAGUAAAUGCGAUUUCCCACCUCCUGAAUACAUAUCUCUUCCCCCUCUUCUCCCACCAGCAACCUCUAAAGUUUCUUCGGGCAGAAACCACAUAUCGCAACCAUGGCCAAGACAACAACCCUCAAGGAGUUCGAGAGCGUCUUCCCCAAGCUGGAGGAGGCGCUCCUCGAGGAUGCCAAGGCAUACAAGCUGCCCGAGCAGAUGCUCAGCUGGUACAAGCAGUCCCUCGAGAUCAACACCCUCGGCGGCAAGUGCAACCGCGGCAUGUCCGUCCCCGACUCGGCCUCCAUCCUGCUCGGCCGCCCCCUGACCGAGGAGGAGUACUUCCAAGCCGCGACGCUCGGCUGGAUGACGGAGCUCCUCCAGGCCUUCUUCCUGGUCUCCGACGACAUCAUGGACUCGUCCAUCACGCGCCGCGGCAAGCCAUGCUGGUACCGCCAGGAGGGCGUGGGCAUGGUGGCCAUCAACGACGCCUUCAUGCUCGAGUCGGCCAUCUACACGCUGCUCAAGAAGUACUUCCGCUCGCACCCGCGCUACGUCGACUUCCUCGAGCUCUUCCACGAGGUGACCUUCCAGACGGAGAUGGGCCAGCUGUGCGACCUGCUCACGGCGCCCGAGGACAAGGUCGACCUGGACAACUUCUCGAUGGACAAGUACACCUUCAUUGUCAUCUACAAGACGGCCUACUACUCGUUCUACCUGCCCGUGGCCCUGGCCAUGUACAUGCUCGACAUCGCCACGCCCGAGAACCUCAAGCAGGCCGAGGACAUUCUGAUCCCGCUGGGCGAGUACUUCCAGGUGCAGGACGACUACCUGGACAACUUUGGCCUGCCCGAGCACAUUGGCAAGAUCGGCACCGACAUCCAGGACAACAAGUGCUCGUGGCUGGUCAACAAGGCCCUCAGCAUCGUCACGCCCGAGCAGCGCAAGACGCUCGAGGAGAACUACGGCCGCAAGGACAAGACCAAGGAGGCGGUCAUCAAGCAGCUGUACGACGAGCUCAAGCUCGAGGACCACUACAAGCAGUACGAGGAGGAGCGCGUCGGCGAGAUCCGCAAGAUGAUCGAUGCCAUUGACGAGAGCAAGGGUCUCAAGAAGCAGGUCUUUGAGGCCUUCCUUGGCAAGAUCUACAAGCGCAGCAAGUAAAUCAUUCUAAUCGUCGAUUGAAAAGCUACGAACAAUAAUGAUUGCUUGAGGGACGAGGGGGAAGAUGAUAUACUUAAUGUUGGAUUGCGAUGAUGGAACAAACACAAACACAAAAAAGCGUUACCAUUUAUUCACAAAGUUUUAGCGAGCUUUGCGCGCGAGAGAUACCAGGCCUUGUUUUUCUGCUAUACAUAUUUGCAUGCAUGGCGAGAAGGAAGGAAAUAAAAAAAGAAAGUAAACAUAAUAAUAAAUCGAAUCCCAACGGUUUGGGAACAUUUCUACCCGCUAC